UCGCCGUGAAGGGCUAGUGACGGGCAGCGUGACGGGCACCGACGACUUGCGCUCUUCCACCUCUCUCUCUCUCUCUCUCUCUCUCUCUCUCUUCCUCUCUUUUAUAAUUCUCAUUCUUCCAGAGUAACUAUUCCUGCGAGGCCAGCGGUCGACGGAACAGGCGCCGCGAAAGCGUGUUGAUAUUGCGAGUGAGCUCCUAGAUCAUGCGCUUCUUCUCUUCCCGGUUGGCCAGAGCUUGCUUGCGGCCAGUGAUCCAGCGAUUCCUUUGAUGAUGCUAAGAAGAAGAAGUAGCGGCCAUGUCUCUCUCCAAUUUGCUGCUGGGUUUGUUUCUACUCGUCUUUCUCGCAACAUCUCGGUCGCAGUGCCCCACGAAUCCAUCCGGGAUCGCCAACGACACACAGACUCUGCUCUCUCUCGGUGACAGGCUUGGCAUCAAAGCGUGGAACGAGACCGCCAAUCCAAGAGCAUGGCGCGGUGUGGAGUGGAGCUCGGACAACCGAGUGGAGGGCCUCAAUAUGUCCAGGUUACAUCUCUCGGGAGUUCUUCCUUCCAUCUGGGCCGAGCUUCCAUCGCUGGCUCGCUUGGACCUCUCGCAAAACAACAUCGUCUCGCUGGAGGUGGCUGGUUGCAAGAACACGCAGCUCAAGCUCCUCAACUUGAGCUCCAAUUCUCUGCGAGAGGUCCCGGCAAACCUCUCCAGCCUCGAGAGCUUGGAAAGCCUGGACCUCAGUGGGAACUUCUUGAGAGUGGCUGGAGUUCCAAAGUUUAGCUCCACGCUGCGAUCGCUCAACCUGUCCAUCAACAACUUGACUGGGAGCGUUUCCAUCGGUGGUAACCUGGGACUGGAGGCACUGGAGCUCUCGCACAACGGAUUCAGCGGCUCCAUUCCAGAGACUUUCGGGGAGAUGACGAACUUGACGCGCCUGGACAUAUCGUAUAACAGGUUUACCGGAGAUCUACCCGAUAUCUGGAGCAAGAACUUGGAGCUCAGGUACUUGGAUAUCUCCAACAAUUCGCUCAAGGGUGGUUUGCCACCGAGCUUGCGAAGGCUACGCAAGCUCUCGGUUUUAAGCGCUGGAAACAACUUUCUCUCCGGGCCACUGGAGCUGGAAGAUGGCGACUUUGCAAGCAUCGAGACUUUGCACCUCUUGCGAAACAUGUUUAACGGGACGGUACCAGCGAGGGUGGGAAGCUUGACGAACUUGAGGCUGCUGGUUCUCACGCGGAAUCGUUUCAGUGGCGCUAUACCUCCGGAGCUAGGAAACUGCUCGAACAUCAGAGAGAUAUGGCUCAACGGCAAUGACUUGACUGGAACCAUCCCAGGCGAGCUCUCGAAGCUGUCGCAUCUCCAGCAGCUAGUUCUCAAUGGCAACGACAUCGGUGGAGAGCUCCCUUCUGGACUCUCCAACUGCACGGAGCUGCUCGUUCUCUGGCUGGAGCAGAACAAGUUUUCUGGAAAUCUCCCGGACAGCUUCGCGAACUUGAGCCGCCUGCUCAUUCUCUCGCUCUCCGGCAAUGAUCUCGUCGGUUCCAUCCCGGCCUCGUACGGCAAGAUGAGCUCGCUGAUCGGCCUCGACGUUGGAUCGAACAGCCUCUCUGGAGAAGUCCCGGCCAUGCUGCAAAACGUCUCGACUUUGCAGUUCCUCUUCCUCUCAAACAACAGCUUCAGCGGCUCCAUCCCGGACUGGCUUCCCCGACUCAGGAACUUACGAGCCAUGGACUUCUCGCUUAACAGGUUCUCAGGCGAGAUACCGGCAAGCAUCGGCCGACUGUUCGCCAACGUCCAGCUCUACAACAUGACCAACACCACCCCGCUGGUUCACGCGCAAAGCCUCGUCUACAACGGCUUCGCCUUCCCGACGACCAUAGACUUCUCCUCCAACCAGCUGAGUGGAAGCAUUCCAGCGACCAUCGGCGACCUCCACAACCUCCAGGUGCUGGACUUGAGCCACAACCAGCUAACCGGUCCCAUUCCCGACUCCCUGGGAAACGCGAAGAACCUCUCCAGGGUGGCGCUCGCGAACAAUCGUCUCAAUGGCUCCAUACCAUCGUCCAUGGCGGACCUCUCGUUUCUCACCGUCUUCGACGUCUCCAACAACAACCUGGUGGGCCAGAUACCUUACAGCCCGCAACUCUCGUCCAUGGACGCGGCUCUCUUCGCUGGAAACCAUCUCUGUGGCGCGCCUGUGUCAAACUGCUCGAGCAGUGCUGCGCCGCCGGGUGGAAUCCAGUCCAGAGGUGGCGAGCCAGAAUCUCAAGAGGCGACGAGGAGAGGGACGCUCAUACCGAUCGUCAUCGCCAUCUUUGCGGCGGCCUUCUUCUGCGUCUUCCUGGCCAUGUACUUCGCGCUCGCUCGUCGGCGGCACAAGCUCUAUUCCAACACCGACCGGGACAACGCCGGCUUCUCCCUCGCCUUCUGCGAGAAGCUCCCCGAACAGAUCUCCGCGCGCAAGCUGGCGGCCGCCACGGACAACUUCAGCUGGGACAACGUCGUCGGGGACGGCGGCUUCGGCGUCGUGUACCGCGCGGUGCUGGAAAACGGCCAGGUGGUGGCCGUGAAGAAGCUCUCGUCGUGCGGCCUCCAGGGGGACCGCGAGUUCCGCGCCGAGCUCCAGACGCUGGGCGAGCUCAAGCACAAGAACCUGGUGCCGCUGCUGGGCUACUGCUCCGACAACAACGAUCGCCUCCUCAUCUACAAGUACCUCAAGAACGGCAGCGUCGACACUUGGCUCCACUGCCGCGAGCCCGGGAUGAAGCCGCUCGACUGGCCGACGAGGCUGAGGAUCGCCCGCGGCGCGGCGCAGGGGAUCGCGUACUUGCAUCAAGGUUGCGAGCAGCGGCACGCGAUCAUCCACCGGGAUAUCAAAGUGAGCAACAUACUCCUGGACGAAGAGUUUGAGGCUCACGUCGCGGACUUCGGGCUGGCGAGGCUGGUGAACGCUGGAGAUACGCAUGUAAGCACGGACGUGGCGGGAACCAUCGGCUACAUCCCACCGGAGUACAGCCACAAGUGCUUCGCGACGCCCAAGGGGGACGUGUACAGCUUUGGGGUGGUGUGCCUGGAGAUGCUCACGGCGAAGAGGCCGACGGACCAAUUCUUCCGGAAGAACACCGGGCUGGUGGCGUGGGUCUUGGAGUUGAGGAGUGGGGAGGAGCGGAGGAUGGCGCUGGACGAGUGCUUGCGGGAGCGGUGUGAGCAUGGCACGGAGUUUGAUCAGAUGGUGGAGAUGAUGAGGAUCGCUUGCUGGUGCUGUAGAGACGCUCCAUCGAAGCGUCCUAGCAUGCAGGAGGUGGCGAGCUUGUUGGAGCGGCUAGAGAAGCGCGUGGUUCUUGGUGGUGGUGGUGGUGGUGGUGGAUCGCCGACGGCGCUGCUCGAGAGAGAUCGAGAUGGGAGGAGCAGCAGCACCAGCAGUAGCAGCAGCGCUCCAGUCGAUGAUCCUUGCGUGGUUGAGCUCACAACCACGGUAUAGUGUAAACUUUUACUCGAGAAAGGAAAGCUUACAACAAACAUGCCAA